AUGAAUCCACCAAAAGCUCCCCACUUCGGUGGUCUGUGGGAGGCGGCGGUAAAGGUGGCCAAGAAGCAGAUGUAUCGACAACUGGGAAAUACUCGACUCAAUUUCGAGGAUAUGACGACGCUACUGUCACAAAUUGAAACCAGCAUGAAUUCACGUCCGCUGGUCCCUAUGACGGAAGAUUCAAGCGAUCUAUCAUGCUUAACGCCUGCGCAUUUCCUAAUAGGAGCAAGUCUUCAAGUUCUACCAGAGCCCGAUAUACGGCAUAUAGCUCUAAGGAGAUUAGAUCACUACCAGCACCUGCAACAAUUGAAUCAACAGUUUUGGCAUCAUUGGAGAACGGAAUACUUACAAGAACUACAGCGCACCACGAAAAUGUGUAACCCGAACACCGAUUUUCUACCCGGAAAGAUGGUUGUAAUUGUCGACGAACAUCAAAUUCCAGUUAAGUGGCCGCUUGCAAGAAUCGUCGCGUUGCAUCCAGGUGAAGAUUCCCUCAGCCGUGUUGUGUCGCUCAGAACCAGCAGAGGUAUCGUUAGGCGUCCAAUAACAAAAAUAUGCCUGCUUCCAGUCGAAAAUGCCGAGCAGUCGACGAAGGAAGGACAGUCAACCCACAACCAGUCCAUCGAAGAAGAGGAGACAGCAAGAACCAUGGAGGAACCAACCUCAGAAGAUAAUUUUAUUGUAGCACGUGGAAUGAUGUAA